AUGGGUGAAUGGCUGUACGGCAGGUCUGACUGGUUUCUCUAUGACUGCCGCCUUCUCAGACACGUGGCCCUUGGGCUCUUCUGCUGUGGGGUCUCCGUCUACUUAGCAGCGCUGUCCGUCUAUGCCCUGCUGCUUUUCGAGAUCGAGACAGGCAUAGCAGCUGCAUCCAUCCUCGGCUCGGGUGCCCUGGUCCUGGUGGCUGUGCUGACCCACACUCUGCUGCGGGCCGCCCGGGCCACCCGCCGUGGCCUCCAAGACAUGUCCUUGCCAUCCUUUGAAGACGACCCCACCCGCGCCACUGAAGUCUCCAACAUCAGCCCCAGAGCUCAGCCCCAGCAGGAUGAGGAAACCAAGGCCCCAAGAGAGGCAGUGACCCGCCAGGGGUCCCAUGGCCAGUACUGA